GCCGCCGCGCCUCUCUGGCCCGCAGCGGGCGGUAGGCUCUAUGGUUGGGAGGGCGAUUCCGCCGGGGCGGGACCACGUGGCCGCUCACCGGGGGAGCGGGGACCGGCCGCUCCCGGCUCCGCCCGGGCCGCAGCGGAGAGGAGAGUCCUCCCCCACCCGCUGCCGGUGACUCGGGUGGGAACCGUCCCAGGGGACCAGAAUCGGUUCGGCCACUGCGGGCGGUGAUCCCCGCCGGAGCGGUGAGGGCCCUCCGCCGCCGGCCCCUCCGGAGCGGCGGGCGAGCCCGGGGUCUCGGCUCUCAGGAAGAGGCGAACAUGGUGAUGAGUUUCCGAGUCUCAGAUCUUCAGAUGUUGCUGGGUUUUGUUGGCAGGAGUAAAAGCGGACUUAAACAUGAACUAGUCACCAGAGCAUUGCAAUUGGUCCAAUUUGACUGUAGCCCUGAAGUUUUCAAGAAAAUUAAGGAGCUCUAUGAGACUCGCUAUGCCAAGAAGAGCUCUGAGGUUGCGCAGCCUCAGCCACAGCAGCACCGGUCUCCUGAGGCACUCUCCAUACAUUCGUCGUACGACCGCGGGAGCACCGUUGCUCGGACUUCUAUCUCCACUACUAAUAUUGACUAUCCAGCGCUCUAUGGGAAAUACCUUAAUGGACUGGGAAGGUUGCCACCCAAAGUUGCGAAGCCUGAAGUUCGGCUGGUGAAACUUCCCUUCUAUACAACCCUGGAUGAACUGUUGAAGCCAACAGAAUUAGUUCCACAGAAUAAUGAGAAGCUUCAGGAAAGUCCGUGCAUUUUUGCAUUAACACCAAGACAAGUGGAGCUGAUCAGAAAUUCCAGGGAGUUGCAACCCGGUGUGAAAUCGGUUCAGGUUGUGCUAAGAAUCUGUUACACAGACACUAGUUCUCCUCAGGAGGAUCAGUACCCUCCGAACAUUGCAGUGAAAGUGAAUCAUAGUUACUGCUCAGUGCCGGGCUACUAUCCAUCAAACAAACCUGGAGUGGAACCUAAAAGGCCCUGUCGUCCCAUCAACCUCACCCACCUCAUGUACUUGUCUGCAGCGACCAAUCGCAUCACCGUUACCUGGGGGAAUUACGGGAAGAGCUAUUCCGUGGGGCUGUACUUAGUGCGGCAGAUGACUUCAGCAGAGCUGCUGCAGAGGUUGAAAACCAUUGGGAUCAAACAUCCAGAACUUUGCAAAGCGCUUGUAAAAGAGAAGCUACGCUUGGAUCCAGACAGUGAAAUUGCCACUACAGGUGUCCGUGUGUCUCUUAUCUGUCCGCUGGUGAAGAUGCGGCUGUCGGUGCCAUGCCGGGCGGAGACCUGUGCACAUCUGCAGUGCUUUGAUGCAGUCUUCUACCUACAGAUGAAUGAGAAAAAGCCCACAUGGAUGUGCCCUGUGUGUGACAAACCAGCACCCUAUGACCAGCUAAUAAUCGAUGGACUCCUGUCAAAGAUCCUGACAGAAUGUGAAGAUGCAGACGAAAUAGAGUACUUGGUGGAUGGCUCCUGGUGUCCCAUCAGGGCUGAGAAAGAGCGGAGCUGCAGCCCUCAGUGUCCAAUAUUAGUUCUAGGUUCUUCGGAUGUGAACGGGCUCUUGCCCACUCCUAACGGUAACGGUGAGAAUGGCAAGGCCACUGCCGACGUUGUGGAUUUAACACUGGACAGCUCAUCAUCGGAGGAAGAGGAGGAGGAAGAUGAGGAAGAAGAUGAUGAUGAUGAGGGACCCCAACCAAAACGACGCUGCUCGUAUGAGAAAGGUUUAGUUUCUGCCUGCUGACUGCGGAAGCAGCUCUGAAUCUCAGAAUGGACAGACUUGAAUACUCUGGUGCUUAUUAAACUGGAGGAGGGGGAGAAUGUCCUCUCCCACCUCAUCUCCCUUCUUCCCUGAUCUCCUUUGACUUUCCUAUUGCAAAUUAAUCAUUAAAACAAGAGAAAAAGAGGAAAAAAAAAAACAAAACAGAAAAAAAAAAAAACACAAAAAAAAAACACAAACAAAAAAAAAAAAAAACAGACAAAAAAAAAAAAUUCUCAAACGAAAAACCAUUGAGCUGCUUCGUGGUUGGAAAACGACCCCACUCAAAGCCUGACCCUGAACUGGAGCCUGAAGUAAGGAAAGUGUCUUAAGCCAGGCAGUCAGAAUCCACAGCUCGCUGGUCUCUGCUGCCCUUCGCCAGGAUGGUUUGAAUCAGUGGAGUUCACCUGCAGAUCUACAGGACAUCUAACUCCCGUGCAUCUCCAAAGCUGUGUGCAUUUUUAUUGUCUUGUUAAAUAACCAUUCCUUAAUUAAUCUAAA